CUGCAGACGUUUAUUAAUAUUUUUAACAAUUUACCUGUGUUUUUGUUUUACUCACAGCUUUAAAUUUAUUGUUAAUUAGUGAAGCUCAAGUAUUUCACCAUGUCCUUUUUCUUCAAUACACCCACAACAAACACUGGUCUACCUGCAGCGGCUCCAGGAGCAAAUGUGUUUGGUGGUUUUGGCGCGAAGACAGCAGCGCCGCCAAAUGCCUCAACUCUUGGCGGCUUGGCGGCCUCAGCAGCGCCCAGCUUCAGCUUUCCAGGCACAGUGAGUGCGGCGCCAACACUUAGCUUUGGCUCUCCAGCGACUGCUGCUCCAACAUCCUUAGGAUUGCCUGCGUUUGGUGCGUCUACGAUGCCAUUUGGAUCAACAGCACCAUCUGCAUUUGGAACAACAGCACCAUCUGCUUUUGGAACAACAGCACCAUCUGCUUUUGGCACAACAGCACCAUCUGCUUUUGGAACAACGGCACCAUCUGCAUUCGGAGCAGCAGCACCAUCUGCUUUCGGAGCAGCAGCACCAUCUGCUUUUGGUGCACCCCCUCUUGGAACAACAACCGCUACUGUGGCGCCAACGUUUAGCUUUGCGACGCCUGCAACGAGUGCGCCAACCACAGCUCCACCCGCCUUCGGAGCACCAAUGACUGGAGCACUAGGUGGCGCUGUAGGAACAUUUUCCUUUGCCAAGCCGCAGCCCACAGCCGGAGCUAGUCUUAAUUUUAAAACCACCACAACGACGGCAACCGCCCAGCCCUUCACCAGUAUGCCACUUGGUGGCUCUGUUUUCGCUGGGGGCACCAGUGGCGGCGUGUUUGGCAAGCCAUUAACCGCUGGUGGACAGCCGGCCGCAGCACCACCGGCUUUUGUUGGUCUAGGUGGCAUUGAUGUGACGGCUAUGCAACCCAAGCUAGGCGACAACAAACAGGAUGGCAUUAAGAUUAAGGAGACACAAGUGCCUGAUGAGAUUGUUAAAACUGUGGACGCGCUGAAAACUUACAUAAAGCAACAGAAGACCAUAUCCUCCGACAUUGGACGCACUUCGACGUCCAAGCUAAGCAAUGUAAGCCAUGAGAUUACAAAUCUACGUUGGGUGCUACAGAAUGUGGCCAAUUCGGUGGAUGCGAAUCAUCAGCAAAUCAAACAGAUACGCAGUGAAACGGCGAAAGCCAUACAAUCGUUGGAGAUGGCACAGCGAACACAAGACACGCCUGCCGCCCUGCAGUUUGAGAACAAUGCUCCAUUCCAGUACUUCCAGUGCCUGGUGGCCAAGUACGAGGAGGAUCUGAUAUCGUUCCGACAGCAGAUAACGUUAACUGAACGCCACAUGCAUGCACUGGCCAAUCCACAGAAUAUUUCGCCAGACGAUCUGAAGCGUGGUUUUCGUCAGCUCAACGAAUCGUUCAUCUCGCUGGCUGGACGCUUGCAUGAGGUGCAUCAGCGCGUAGAGGAGCAAAAGGAGCACUAUUUGAAUCUGCGACGGUAUCGACUACGCGAUGCAACUAACGUAUUUGCCAAGCUCGAUAGCUCCCCAGAUCAACUGGUAGAACCUUCGCGCAUCACCAGUGGCCCCACGCCCUUCUACAAUAUUUCUGGCAUGAGAGCGUUGAACAAAAGUUAUGCGUCUGCCACGGCGUCCAGCGCAAACAACACGACUGGCGCCAAAUGAUUAUGGUUAUGGUGGAAUUAUUGUUAGUUGUUAUCAAGUAAAGUCUCAAUAAACUCUUUUUACCA